CAAGCCUCCCAAGCCAGUACCCAAGACUUUGACCCCAUGGAAGGGACCUCAGCAGCUGCAAAUUCCUCAAGCCUCCCUCCUCCAUCCCGAAGGUUAUCACAGAUAAGGCGUCGUAAGAAGAGAACGCGAGACGAGAUGUUUUCUGAAAUUAUGGAAUCCAGCCGCAGUGACAGAGCUCAUCUGAAUGAGUGGAAGGAAAUAGUUUCAAAGUAUAGGAAAGAAGCCAGUGAACGUGAGGACAGGAGGGACCAACGUGAGGACAGGAGGGACCAACGUGAGGACAGGAGGGACGCUCGAGAUGAGAGGUGGCGGCAGGAAGACCAGAGGAGGCAGGAUGCAAUGCUGGGGCUGCUGCAUGAGCAAACAGACAUGCUCCGGCAUCUGGUGGAGCUUCAGGAACGGCUGCUGGAAAACAGACUGCCGCUUCAGCCCCUGUUCCACCCUCCCCAUGUUCCGUAUCCUCCUCACCCAGACGUGUAAGA